ACCAAUCCCACAAUUAGAAUUUAGAGUCGAGAGAUAACGAGCGCGCUGAGUGGCUGCGAGAAAGAGCCCGAGAAUCCUUUUGUUCCAAGAGAAAUCUUAUUCGAAGAACCCUGAUCCUGGACAGGAUCGUCUAGUGCAAUACGUAGACUAGGUAAUUUGCUUUUGGAAAAAUAAGGACACCGCCAGGGCCGUCGAUUGUUGCCCCGCCAAGACAAAAAACAAGAACAACGGAGCGGAGACAAAGAAACGAAACGAGCGCCAAACGUAGUCAGUUGCGGAAAAACCUUGAGGUGACUCACUGCCAAUAUCACUGCCAAUUGGAGACUGAUUACUGCCACACACGCAUAUCCUUGGAAUUCCAAAUAAGCGGAGUCCCCGGAACGAGAUAAAAACCACAUCCGGAAUGCAGCCGCCGGAACGCGAGAUUGGAAUGCUGAAGAAGCAUCGCGAGCACAUCCGCCAGAAUCUGGACACGCUGGUCAAGCAGACGAACUAUGGUCUCGUAGCCGCGGAAUGCGUCCACCAGGGCAUCCUCUCCGUCCAGAUGCUCAGGAAUACGGAGGAUCUCAACGGGGAGCGCUUCAACAUGGACGACGAGGAUGUGCGACUGGAGCAGCAUCGUCGGCUCUUUCUGAAGAUCACCCAACGGGGUCCCACCGCCUACAACCUGCUGAUCACCGCCCUGCGAAAGGUCAACUGCCUGGAUGCCGCCAAGCUACUGGAGUCCGUCGAUGAGUCCGGUUCAAGGCCGUUCAUCUCGCUGAACGAACGGAACACCAGCCGGAAGUCGGCGGAUAUUGUGGAUACUAGGACACCGGAGGCCUACGAGGGAGCCUGUGCCAGCAAGCCCCUGAAUGAACCGCUGGGACCACUCACCCCCUAUCUAGAGCCCGUUGUCGGACCCCUGCGCAACAUUAGGAAGUCGGACAAGAUUUACACGGAUGACGUGGUGGGCACCUACAAGAUGCGCUCCCGUUUGAACCGCGGCGUGCUGCUUAUGGUGAACAUCAUGGACUUUCCGGAUCCCAAACGCAAACGAAAUGGAGCCCAGGUGGACAGCAACUCGCUGAUCCACUUGUUCCGCGAACUGGGCUUCACGAUUUUCGCCUACGGCAACAUGAAUCAGCAUCAGUUCUUCGAUAUUUUGCGGCAGGUGACCUCCUCGUCGUAUGUCCAGAACACCGAGUGCUUUGUGAUGGUGCUGAUGACGCACGGCAAUCGCGUGCAGGAGAUAGACAAAGUGGAGUUCUGCGAUGGCUCAGUGGUCGAUAUGCAGAAGAUCAAGAAUCAUUUCCAGGCGAACAUCAGUCCUUUGUUGGUGCACAAGCCCAAGGUGCUCAUCUUUCCCUUUUGCCGCGGUGAUCAUCAUGAUCUGGGACAGCCAAAGGGUCACUAUGAUCCCAUGGAGCCGGUGUUUACGCUGCAGCAGGAAGAGGCGCCCGAGAUCGAGACGGAGGGCAUGUCGUCGGCGUACACAAAUGUGCCAACUCUGGCGGACACUUUGGUCUGCUAUGCCAAUACGCCGGGCUAUGUUACCCACCGGGAUCCUGAGACGGGCAGCUGGUACAUCCAGAAGUUCUGCGACGUGAUGGCCGAGCAUGCCCACAAUACGAAUGUCGAGGAUAUUUUGAAGAAAACGCACGCCUCCGUGGGCAAUAUGCGCACCAAAAAGGGGUCGAUGCAGACCGGUGCCUUCGACAAUCUCGGCUUCAACAAGAAACUCUACUUCAAUCCGGGCUUCUACAGCGAGUAGACGCAGCCACUGCCCAUAAUGAAAGCAUUCCCGACUGAAUAUUUGCAUUUUUAUCCUUAUUUAUGUUUUUGUCGUCGCAUUUAUAUUCUUUAGAUUAUGUGUUUUGUGCCCGCGUGCCUCCUAAUUGUAUUUUUUAACCAAUACUCUUUACUUUACUUGUUCUUCGAAUACGUAUAUUGCAUACCUCAUUUGGAGGUAUGAGAAUUGUCUUUCUAUGUGAUAAAUAUCAGCAAUUAAUAGAACAAAAGAGAUUUAUGUAAAAUUUAGUAAUUCCAGUACA